CACACACGCACCAUGGCAUCUGCCGCAGAGAUCCCAAAGGCUGCCGGUGUGGCACCGACCAACCGGCCCACGCACGUCGGCAAGCAGGAGAUGAGCAAGGAGGAGGACAACGACGGCCCCUCCAUCGCGCCCGACAACGCAUGCGACGAGCCGGCGCCGCAGGCGCCCGGCGGCGCAGGCAAGGGUGCCAUCGCCAAGGACGACAAGGGCAAGGAGUUUGACAAGGUGUACGGCGUGCGGCCCAAGACCACCUGGCAGCUCAAGCCGCCGAAGCAGUGGACGCUGUGGGAGUUCAUCGCCUCGCUCGACAUCUGCCCGCCGGCGACGUACAAGAAGCGCGACGCCAAGGAGCCGCUGCGCGGCCCGCCGCCGGAGCACCCGAUGAGCACGGAGAACUUCUUCAUCCUGCGCACUGCCGUCAUGCCGCUGGCCGUGCACUGGGCCUGGAACCACUUCCUGCCCGACCACAAGAUGCACUGGGCGCCCGCCUGGGUCUUCUACCACCUGUCCUUCAUCGUGUUUGCGCGCCUCAUGAUUGGCCGCCUGCACGGCUACAUGGAGAAGUACGGCACGUUUGACGAGCUCAACCGCGGCCGCGACAUGGUCGACGACCGCCACGUCAACCACCUCGGCCGCUCCAUCUUCAUCUACACCGUCUUCCGCACCAUGGGCCCCUUCUUCCUCGGCUGGCGCGGCGACAUGACGAACCCCUUCGACGGCCUCAACAUCUACUCGCCGCUCAAGAUCGCCGUCUUUGAGAUUGCGCUGGACUACUGGUUCUACCUCUACCACCGCUCCACGCACGAGUUCGACUGCCUGUGGUUCAUCCACCGCCAGCACCACGCCACCAAGCACCCCACACCCAUUCUUUCGAUUCUCGCCGACGACAUCCAGGAGUGCAUCGAGAUCUUCAUCGUGCCCUUCCUCGCCUCGUGCGUGGCGCCCAAGAUGUCGUUCGCCGAGUACCACUUUGCCAUCGCCUACCUGCUCUACGUCGAGGCGCUCGGCCACUCGGGCAUCCGCGCCAUGUGGCCGCACCCGCUGCUCGGCAUGGUGCUGCGCCCGCUCGGCAUGGAGCUCGCCGUCGAGGACCACGACCUGCACCACCGCUUCGGCAAGAGCGGCAAGAACUACGGCAAGCAGACGCGCAUCUGGGACCGCAUCUUCGGCACCAUCGGCGAGCGCAUCGAGUGCCCGUCGGCCUUCUAAGCGCGCGAUGAG